UGACCAGUAAAAGUUCAGUCUUGGUGCCAUGUCCCAAUCCCGUUGCCGGCCUGACUCACUGUCGUCUCCACCGGAUGAUGAACCGUUCAACAUAAUCCCUACUGAUAAUCUCCACACUGACCAUCCCUGCCUACAAUACCCUCAAGUACGCACCGUCGUAUCAUCUUUACGGGCAGUCGGCAACCUCCGAAAGCCGCCGCUCCACCCAUGGCUUCCUUCCAUGGACCUCCUUGAUUGGUUGGGACUGUUCUUUGGUUUCCAACGGGAUAAUGUAAAGAACCAACGAGAACACCUUGUUCUCCACUUGGUCAACGCCCAUAUGAGUCUCUCUCAUCCUCCGGACAGCAGUGGAACCUUCCAAAACAUAGUCCUCCGUGAAUUCUGCAAUAAGCUGCUCGAAAAUUACACUAACUGGUGUUCUUACCUCGGGAAGGCAUCCAAUGUUUGGAUUCCGGAAAGCUCCAGCUUUGGUUCUGAUGUUACUCGGAGAGAAUUGCUUUACGUUGGACUCUAUUUGCUGAUAUGGGGAGAAUCUGCGAAUUUGAGGUUCAUGCCUGAAUGUAUCUGCUACAUUUUUCAUCACAUGGUCAUGGAAUUGAACAAAAUCCUAGAAAAUGACAUUGAUGAAAAUACCGGACAGCCAUGGAUUCCACCGAUAUCAGGUGAAAAAGCAUUUUUAAACUGCGUUGUGAAGCCCAUAUACGAUACGAUCAAUGUUGAGGUGAUGAGAAGCAAAAAUGGAACAGCCUCUCAUGAUAAAUGGAGGAACUAUGAUGAUUUCAAUGAGUACUUCUGGAGCAAAAAUUGUUUUCACAAUCUCAAAUGGCCACUUGAUUUCGACAGUGAUUUUACGAGUGGAAGGAAAACUGGGUUUGUUGAACAGAGAACGUUUUGGAACGUUUUCAGAAGCUUCGACAGGCUAUGGGUGAUGAUGUUUCUUUCCCUUCACUUAAUGUUUAUCUUGGCCAGGGAGGAGAAGAAGCUUCCAUGGCAGGCUUUGAAUAACAAAGAUGUUAAGGUCAGAGUUCUAUCAUUGUUUAUCACAUGGAGCGGAAUGAGGUUUCUCCAUGCUUUACUUGUAGUAGCCAUGGAGUUUAGUCGUCUUUCGAGAGAGAUGCUGGGACACGUCCUAAUGAUGGUACUAAAGAUUUUGGUUGCUGCAACAUGGAUUUGCGCCUUUGUGUUUUGUUAUGCGAGGAUCUGGGUGCAAAGGGACCACGACAGACAUUGGUCUGAUGAAGCUAACAAAAGGGUAACUUAUUUUCUAAGGCUUGCAUUUCUUUAUGGGUUACCGGAACUGGUAAAUUUGGUACUGUUUUUCCUCCCCUGUAUUAGGCUGAAUUGUAAGGUAUUUUACCCGGUAUCAUGGUGGUUCCAUGGUGAUUGUUUUAUUGGUCAAGGAUUGCGGGAGGGGAUAGUUGAUAGUAUCAAGUAUAUUCUAUUCUGGGUUGUGGUGUUAGGUACCAAAUUUACAUUUAGUUACUUCUUUCAGAUUGAACCCAUGAUUAGCACCACAAAACAAUUGUUUGAUUCAACAAAUGAAGAAUAUGAAUGGGGUGGAAAUGCCAUCUUUAGUGUCAGC